AUGGCGUCGUACAUACAAGGAUAUGAUGAGGAAAGGUUUGCGACAACAGUCAAUCGAAAUUUCCUCUGUUUGAUUUGCUUCAACGUUUUAAGAGAGCCCGUCCUGUGUCCGAGAAACCAUCAUUGUUUCUGUCGAGCUUGUAUUACGAAACACCUCGAGAAUUCUCGAAGAUGCCCUACGUGUGCGGACGAAUUGACUGUAGAGACUUUGGCCGAACCACAAAGAAUGGUAAAAGAUAUGUUAAAUGAAUUAAACAUUCAUUGCAUUUACAUCGACAGAGGUUGUCAAGAGAUCCUACAAUUACAACAUCUUGACAACCAUGAGGCUACAUGCGGAUUUACACCAGCCGUUUGUACAAACCAAGGCUGUGGUGCAACUUUAAACCAGCGUGAUCUUAUUCACCAUCAAAGUGAACUAUGUGAAUUUCGCAAAUUGAAGUGUCACUCGUGCGGAGAAACGACAAGAACGUUGGCAGAUAUGCAAGAAAAGAUUGCGAACAUAGAGAAGAACAUAGCUUCUAUGGGAACUAAAAUAACGAAUGUCGAGAAGAACAUAGCUUCUAUGGGAACCAAAAUAGAGAAGAAUAUAGAGAAGAAUAUGGCGACAAAUGCGGCAGAUAUCAAAACAGAUAUGGAAAGAAAACUCGAAGCAGUAAAUAAUGAAGUGAGAGGAUUGAAAACAGCUUUGAUUGAAGGUUUUGAUGAAAUGAAGGAUGUUCUUGUCAAGAUGGAGGACAAGAUAGAAGAAAACACAAGAAAAGUAAGAAAUACAGCAAGUGGUGAUAAGGAAAAUAUAAUUGUUGCUGGAGGUAUGGGAACUGACUCUGUAGAGAUGUUUAACUGGCGUCAAAGAACAUGGUCGCCAUUACAAUCCUUGCCAAAGCAGCGUUAUGCAGCGUCUUCGUUUGUUUACAACAAUCAUGUGACAAUUGCUGGAGGUUACUGUUCUGGUUAUGUUGUUGAUAUGAUCAGAAUGAAUAUCAACCCAAACCCUGAUCUCUCAAUGCACUGGAGUGACUGUCCUGUUAAACUACCUGCUGAGUUAGGAUACCACAGCAGUGUGCUGUAUAAUGAUAAGUUGGUAGUCACUGGUGGUUAUAAUGGAGACGCGUCGUCUGAUCUUAUUCAUGAAGUGCAGCUGGUUCGUCCCCAUACUGUCAAGAUCUUAUCAAGAAUGCCAGAACGACGAAAUGCUCACGGUAUGGAAAUAUUUGAUGAUAAUGUGUCGAUCGUUGGUGGAAGAACAACUGGCAGUUGCAAAGACAACGUCAGCAGUGUCGUAGUGUAUGAUAUAAAGAAGAAUGAAUGUAAACAGUUGGCACCACUGCCGUAUGAAGUGAGUCUGAUGGCAACUGUAAGAUGGGGAGACAACGUCGUUGUUAUAGGCGGCGCUGACAAACGUGGCAAAGCAUUAGAUACAGUUAUCAUUUACAAUGUCAAGACUGAACAAAGUCGCUUGCUGCCGUCAAUGAGAUGUAAGAGGCUUGGAUGUACUGCAGUUGUUAUUGGAAACAACAUUGUAGUACUGGGAGGGUCGAGUGGACAAAGACUGAAGUCAGUUGAAGCUUUCAACUUCGAUCGUAAUACUUGGGAGGAACUUCCUGAAAUGUCUCGAGCAAGACAUCUUCCUACUGCUGUUGUUGUGUGA